AUGCAGAAAGUUAAAGCUCGACUCCCAACUUGGGACACAACCAAGACCCAAAGCAAAAAGGGCUUCGACAAAGUCUGGGGAUGGGCCGAUAAGCUGGGAGCCCCCAUCAACAGACUGUCUAACCGAAUUGGCAGCGAGGCAUUCUGGCCUACAACCUUGGAUAAAGAGAGCGAUAAAGCAGCCAGAAUUUUGAGAUCGUUCUGUAAGGAUGGCUUCUACACUGAGGAAGAAAAGCCGACUGGUGCGGUGCAAGACGGACCAAAACAGAAGCAGCGUGUCAUGGUCAAGAUUCCACAAAAGGUGAUACAGAAUGCUGUCGGUCUUGCUAUCUUCACUACCAUGCGAACUGGUCUCUGGGUCUCGGGAGCCGGCGGAUCUGGCGUUCUCGUAGCACGAAAUGAAGAGGAUGGCUCAUGGUCACCUCCAUCGGGUAUCAUGCUACACACAGCUGGCCUAGGCUUUCUAGUUGGAGUAGACAUUUACGACUGUGUAGUGGUGAUCAACAACCGCAAAGCUCUGGAGGCAUUCACUAAGAUCCGAGCAACCAUCGGUGGAGAGAUUAGUGCCGUCGCUGGGCCCGUUGGGGCUGGAGGGGUACUUGAGAAUGAUGGAAAGUGGAAGCAAGCCAACAGGCCAGUGUUUACCUACUUGAAGUCCAGAGGAUUCUAUGCUGGAGUUCAAGUCGAUGGAACAGUCGUAAUUGAACGCACUGACGAGAAUGCGCGCUUCUAUGGACAAGAAGGAAUCGGCGUGGUGGACAUUCUGGCUGGAAAGACGCGCCGUCCUCCCAAGCUCAAAAUGUUGAUGGAGACACUGAAGGCAGCUGAGGGUCGUACUGAUGUAGACCAGGAAUUGAUGGAUGAGCUAGAAGGUCAACCUGCACCUGGCGAUGUUGCAGUAGAGGCACCAGGCGAAGAAAAGGUAUUUGGCAUCCCUGAUCCCGAAGACCCCGAUCCUUACGGCGUCCAUGCGCUCGAAAAACAAGGCCUGGAAAUCCGCGAUGCUGCAACACACUCUAGGCCUUCUAGUCAAGCAUUCGAGUAUGCUCCCAGCCCGAACAGUCCGACUUACAACAAGUUUUAUCGCAGAAGUUUAGAGACCAACAUGACCAGUAACGCCUCGACACCAAGGACAUAUACGACUUCAGAGGCUGGUACCCAGACGGAUCCUGUCUUGAUCACACCAAUUACUGGCACUUCGCCUGAGAGCAGAAGUAUCGUUCAUCAAGACAAGUUUGAUGAUGAUAAGUCGAGCAUCUAUGAAGAUGUUAGGCUGGAGGAGGAAUUCGGGUCGCCAUGGGAUAGAACGGCUGGGUCUCCCUAUGCCACGGUGGACAGCUUUAUUACGCCUCCUUCUGGCCCGCCUCAUCUUCCGGCAAGGAGUCCGAUUGCGUAG